CUUCACAGAAACAAAGCAAAGAAACAUGGUACCAAAAACCUCUGAACCGAUGACAUCACUUUACUCUCAAGAUGAAGAACAAGCCAUGAUCAUCUCCUCACUAGUCCAAGUCAUCUGCGGCGACACAUCUCUCGCAGUCACCAUCCCUGAUUUUUUCCAUCUCCGACCUUGUUUGACAUGUGGCAUUAAUGGUUGUUUAGGCUGUGAUUUGUUUCUAGAUACUACUAGUAGUAAUGUCACAGCAGCUACUGAUGAUCAAAAACAGCAGAAGAGGAAAAGAAAGGAGAAGAAGAACAAGUAUAGAGGUGUAAGGCAGAGGCCGUGGGGAAAAUGGGCAGCAGAGAUACGUGACCCUUGGCGAGCUGUGCGCAAAUGGCUGGGCACCUUCGACACGGCCGAAGACGCUGCUCGGGCUUAUGACUUGGCAGCUAUUCAGUUUCGUGGUCCUAGAGCUAAGCUCAAUUUUCCUUUUCCGGACCAGUUUAAUGGAAAUGUAGUUUUUGAUCGCACUGCAAGUGCUAAUACUAGUAUGAGUUCUUGUACUGGUGCUAACAGUGAAGAAGAGUUUCAAUAUCAGCGUCAGUAUAAUCAGCAGUAUGAGCAGCAAAGGAAUCAGAAGGAAGAGUUGGCAGUGAGUUUCUGGGAUGGUCUUCAGGAUUUGGUUCAGUUGGAUGAGGAAGAGCCUUUGUAAGAGGUUUUUUCAUUCUUUUGUAUUUUUUUUGUUUAUAUAUAUAUAUAUAAAUAUAUCUAAUAUACUGAAAUCAGACUCAUUUAGGAGUCAUUUUUAAGAAAUUAAACUCAUUGAGAAGAUGGUGAUUUGCUGUAUGUGUUUUACUUUUUUUUUAAGCAAGGUUAAGCCAUUGUUAUUUUCUUAUGGCUGGAGCUUGCUUUGUAGUGUUUGUCAUUAGAUAUCAGAUAUGAGAGCUUGUUUUGCUCUGAACCUAAU